ACUUCCUGAAAAGUCAGUGUAAGGAAAGUGGUUUGUUUUAAGAUCGCAGUGUAGAUACCGAGUUGAAGACAAUUUGAAUUUUUACAUUUAGGAAUCGCCGCAAGGAACAGUGUUUUACACUUCCAUUACCAGUAGGAAUGGGAUUUGCUGUAGCAUUUUGUGUGCUGGCGAUCACUGUGCCCAUCUUUACCCUGGACAAUGGUCUCAUGAGGACCCCUCCGAUGGGCUGGUUGGCAUGGGAACGCUAUCGCUGUGACAUUGACUGUCAGAACGACCCCAAAAAUUGCAUCAGUGAGGCUCUGUUUCGGGACAUGGCAGACAGACUGUCGGAGGACGGUUGGAGGGAGCUGGGAUAUGUCUACAUUAACAUAGAUGAUUGCUGGGCCUCCAUGGAUAGAGAUGCUAACGGACGCCUGCAGGCUGACCCUAAACGGUUCCCAAGUGGCAUCCCCCACCUGGCGCAGUAUAUCCACGACCGGGGGCUCAAGCUGGGAAUCUAUGGGGACAUGGGCACACACACGUGUGGGGGCUAUCCUGGGACCACCCUGGACGACAUCACCACAGACGCUCAGACCUUUGCUGACUGGGAGGUGGACAUGCUUAAGUUCGAUGGCUGCUACUCUAAUGCUAAGGAGCAGGAGAAGGGCUACCCUGCCAUGUCAAAGGCUCUGAAUGCUACUGGACGCCCCAUUGCCUACUCUUGCAGUUGGCCGGCCUACCAGGGGGGCCUCCCUCCCAAGGUGAACUACACCCAGCUGGGAGAGAUCUGUAACCUGUGGCGUAACUAUGGUGACAUACAGGAUUCAUGGAGCAGUGUCCUGACCAUUGCUGAUUGGUUUUUCAACAACCAAGAUAUCCUACAGCCUGCAGCCGGACCCGGCAGGUGGAAUGAUCCAGACAUGCUAGUUGUUGGGGACUUUGGGCUGAGCAUGGAACAGUCUCGUUCUCAGAUGGCUCUGUGGGCCAUUAUGGCUGCCCCUCUUUUCAUGUCCAAUGACCUGAGGACAAUUAGUAGCGGGGCACGCACCAUUCUGCAGAACCGUGUGGCUAUCGGCAUCAACCAGGACCCCAUGGGUGUCCAGGGUAGACGACUGCUCGUGGAGAAGAGUGGCAUUGAGGUGUUCUGGCGCCCCCUGUCUGACAAGGCCAGUGCUCUGGUGUUCUUCAGUCGUCGUACUGACAUGCCUUAUCGCUACCUGACAUCCCUGGCCAAACUCCACUACACCCACGGCACCUACCAGAUCUACGAUGUGUUUGCUGAGCGAGAACUGGGCCCUCUGAAGGACUCCACAGACUUUGUUGUGUCCGUCAAUCCCACAGGCGUUGUCAUGUGGUACAUCUCUGCCCCUGCUGACGCGGACCAGAAUUCUGCCCACAUGGGGGAGAAGCUCAGGGGACCCGCCCUCCAUCGCAAGUCCGAUGGUAUCUUACUGUAACCUCCUCUGACUGGGUUUGACCUGAUGUUUCCUACUGAUGAUACUGGCUCUGCAUUUCACUUAUCCAACAUCCACAUGAAGGAUUACCUCAAGAAAGGAAGCAAAUGCUUCUCUCCCGAAUGGACUGAGCCAGUGCCACCGGUAUCUCCCAAAGAUGACAUGCUCAGGAUUGUUCCACAUCAGCAGUAACCAUGGUGAUUCUGGUCACUUCCACUGUACUAUGGUUUCUUUUAAUGAGGAUUUUUAACACACUUUGAUUGAAAGGGACUUUUAUUUGAACUGCACUUUUUAAUAUUAUGGAUCUUCAAUGGCUCUCAUCAGGGAAUGUGUAAUUCAAGGAUUAUCUG